GUUGCGAAUCGGCGGAAAUAAAAACAAAGAGGGAAUUUGUCGUGUCUCGUUGAACGUGCUCCUCGAUAAUGAGAAGUUUCAGAGGGAAAUCGAAGGAAAAUUCUGUCAUCUACGAAAAAUACCUUUGACAUUUCUUUCAAGCUCACUCGUUUCAUGGAUAAGUGCACAAUUGACAGAAAUGUCACGUUCGUGAAUGCGUUUUAUCGCUUGAUUCAAAAGCUGGGAUUAUCUGGAUGAUUAAUGGCUUCGAGAGACAAUUUUAGUGGAUCUUUUUUAAGACUAGAAUAAUUCUCUAAAAAAAGUUUUGCUGUGACAAACAAAUUUCGUUUACUUUCAUCAUUUGUGAAGAAAAUCGUAUAAUUUCAUUUAAAACAUACGGUUACAUUUUUAAUAGUUGUGUUAAGAACCAGGAAAUAGUCGGUGAAACAUUAUUUUAAAAUCAUUUUCUCAAAUAGAGAAGCUAAUUUUAUUUAAAAAGACUUUUCGACUGUCCGUAAUGACCCUAAAGCCAUUAAUUAUCAGAAAUCUCUCGAAAUCGCCAGAAAAAUCAGUAAAAAUCGUCACCUCGCGUCUAGGAGUUCGCUACUAUAUCACCGAUCUCUUUAGACUCUUACGAAAUUUUGAUAAAUUGCUGUGAUGAGCCAUCAGACAGAUAAUUGAGACUCGUGCUUUGAUAAAUCACGCGACUAAGAGAAUUUCCUACUCGCCACGCUUAUUAGUCGACAUACUUAUCAUAAUCUCGGGUUCAUUACAAUAAGUCCGAAUUUUUGGAGGUCAAAUUAUUUUGGCUCUCCAGGACGUCGAUCAACCGGGCAUUUCGCCAGGAUAAAAAGGCACAUGUACCACGAGGAAAAUUGAUCACUUCCCUCUGUCCGACAUUCACUCGAGGUCAUUUUCUUCAUUCGCAAUUUUUCGAGAUUCGCGAGAGAGAGAGAGAGAAAGAAAAUGUUAUUUUCGUUUUGGAGAACAUGACGUGAGUUUCAUUGGCAUCUAUAGUUCAAACUCAAUUAUGUUAUCAGGCAGUGAAUGUCGUCAUCCACUGGUUAUCUGCGGGCUCCCUGCAGUGAAAUUUCACAUAAUUUCGUCAGUGGAAAUUUUUUACAAAGAAACAAAGACAUCUUAUCUUCGCAAUUUGUUUUUCUGUCAGUUUUUUCCAGCUGAUUUUGACAGUCUCCAAUAACUAUCUUAUCACUAUUUUUGUUAAUAUCACUUUCAUUAACAGAACAGCUCACUGAUUCUUUCGUGGUCUCUGCAAUUUGAAGAUCGUGCCCGAACACUCGGCGAAGAUGUUGAUUACCUCAGGAGUGUAGCCUUUAAUCCAUCAGCCAUUCAAUCACCAAGUGAUUGAUAAUCCUUUUUAUUGCUGACAAACAUUUAUUACCGUAUUUUACAUGCCUCCCUCAGUUUUACAGUCUAUUAACGAUUCAAUAUUUACCAUUUUUAAAUCGUCAAAUACAUUGAGAGUGAUGAAGAGGGCAUCAAAAAGUCGCGUGAUUGAUGGACAGCGCGGAAGUGUUACACGCAAGGGCAAGGUAAAAUUGUAUAUCCUGACCCACCUUUUGGCUCAUCGCGUGAUAAUCGCCCAUUUCACGUGGCGCAAGUCAGUCGUGCCGUGCUCCACGUAAUCUGUGUGUUUUCACUCCGCCAAAAAUAUCUAGGAUAUUUUCAAGAUUCUUGUGAUAAUUGCACCGUCACAAUUUCACACUCAAUUUAUGAAUUUGUAACUGAAAAAAAUUCGCGUAUAUUUGCAUUACAAGCAGAAACGUAAAUACUAUCCAAAACCUUUUAUAACUUCACUUCAUUCCGAAGACAAUUAUUCGCUAUCCCAUUACUCCAAUUUGGUCAAUCGAUUUUCGCAAACAAUUAUCUACUAAAAAAAUUAACGAGACGAUAUUUUAAAAAAAUCUUCACGCGACCUGCAAAAUUUUCGAUAAAUAAAAUAGAGUCAAUGCCCCUUAUCUAAUCAACAGAAUCUCUAACAAGGUUUUUCCAUUCCAGAGACAAUUAUUUGCAAUUUGUCACUGAAAUUUAUCCAACAAUUUCUACGAACAAUCAGUCCAUUCAGACCUCGUCUCCUCUCCCCUGGCAUCACCGCCGUUUCGAUUUCAGUGGAGUACUAGGUCAUACACUAUAUCCACAAUUCGUGCCAAGCGACUAUCCAUACUUCAAUGUCGAGGUAAUGCCAUACCUCACCCUCCUCUCCAGCAAGUCCAAUGGAUUUCCAGUGAAUCUCGCCCACUACUUCCAUCCUCCCCACACAAAUGUCUCCCCCCUCGGAAAUACAGAUCCACCUCUCAUUGCGUUUAUUAAAGAGUUCCCCAGCUCAGGCACUCAGUAACUCCCUGAUCAUCGACGAGUGUACUUGAAAGUUGAAUCAUCAAAUUUAAACUAUAAAACACGUCGAACAUUUUUCCAGACGGUGACUCAACGUGAAAGUUGUCUCUACUAAUUUCUGCAUUCAUUAUUUUAACUGAAAAGUUACGUCAGUUGAGGAGUACCUAGGAGUUAUUCUUUUUUUUCGUUAUAAAAAUCGUCGGCUAUAUCCACUUGUCGAUAGUCUGGUGGCAUCAAUUAUCUGACAGUCUCUUCAAUCAUUAAUAAGACAGAAUGAAGAUCGAGGGCAUGUGCAAUGACGUUUCAAAACGAAGUUCUAAGGUCGUUAAUCCUCAGAGGCUCGCACCAGACGAAAAUGACAAGCGUAACCGAUACGGAUCAAUCGAGUUGCCUGUCACUUGGAGAUCCUCGAGAGGAAUAUAUGGAUUUAAUGGGUCCCAGGCACCAGACUGGAAACAGAAUAUUCGUCAAUAGGAGUCUACACCUGGAGAAUAUAAAAUUCUAUGGAUUCGACAUGGAUUAUACUCUCGCGGAGUACAAAUCCCCUCAGUACGAGCAGUUGGGCUUCAAUUUAUUGAAGGAGAGGUUGGUUUCUCUGGGCUAUCCCAAGGAGAUUCGUGCCUUCGAGUAUGAUCCUAGCUUCCCGGUUAGAGGAUUGUGGUUUGAUACUCUCUAUGGAAACUUGUUGAAGGUCGAUGCUUAUGGAAAUAUUCUCGUCUGUGUUCAUGGAUUUGAAUUUCUCAAGCAUUCACAGGUAUAUGAGCUCUACCCCAACAAAUUCCUUCAGCUCGACGAGAAUCGAGUUUAUGUCCUGAACACUCUCUUCAAUCUCCCCGAGACCUACCUGAUUGCCUGCCUCAUCGAUUUCUUCACAAACUCCCCUCAGUACACCAGGGAGAAAACAGGAGUGAAGGAAGGAGAACUAACGAUGAGUUUCAAGAGCAUCUUCCAGGACGUUCGUAACGCAGUCGACUGGAUUCACAUUCAGGGGGACUUGAAGUCAAAGACCACAGAGAACCUCGAGGAGUACGUGAAGAAGGAUGAGCGUCUCCCCAUGUUCCUGAGGAGGAUAAGGGAGAGUGGAGGCAAGGUGUUUCUCCUCACGAACAGCGACUAUGUAUUUACAAACAAGAUCAUGACUUAUCUCUUCGAUUUUCCUCAUGGUGCACGCCCUGACGAGCCUCAUACUGAUUGGAAGACGUACUUUGAUACCAUUGUCGUGGAUGCCAAUAAACCACUGUUCUUCGGGGAAGGGACAAUCCUCAGACAGGUGGAUACCAAAACAGGAGCUCUUAAGCUGGGAACGCACAAAGGACCCCUCCACACAGGUGAAGUUUAUUCAGGUGGAUCCUGCGACGUAUUCACAGAGAUGAUUGGCGCUAAAGGGAAAGAUGUCCUCUAUAUUGGAGAUCAUAUUUUCGGGGACAUUCUCAAGAGCAAGAAGAUCAGGGGCUGGAGAACAUUUCUCAUUGUUCCUGAACUCGUACAGGAGCUGCAUGUGUGGACUGACAAGUGCCAGCUCUUCGCUGAACUCCAGAAUCUCGAUGUCAUGCUAGGGGAGAUGUACAAGAACCUGGAUAGCAGCACAAAGGAGAAACCCGAUAUAUCGAAACUCCGGGCUUCCAUCAGGGAUGUCACACACAAGAUGGAUCUGGCUUAUGGUAUGAUGGGAUCGUUGUUCAGGUCCGGGAGUAGACAGACAUUCUUCAGUAGUCAAGUCGUGAGGUAUGCUGAUUUGUAUGCUGCGACGUUCCUGAAUCUCAUUUAUUACCCCUUCUCGUACAUGUUUAGAGCACCUGCCAUGCUGAUGCCUCACGAAAGUACAGUAGCACACGAACAGCGUUUCGUAAUGGAGACACCAAUGAUAAGUAGAACAAGGACAUUUAAGCUAUCAUACGAGGACGAACUACAAAAUCAUCCAGCAGCUAAAGCUCUGGAGGUUGAAAAUAAUGUUCUAAUUCCCCAUGCGAGACCAGAAACCCCUCGUAAUGUGACUCACACGCAUGACGAGGACUGCAGUGAUGAAGACAGCGACUCCCAGAAGCAGAAUUCCCGAAAAACUGGCAACAGAAAGUCUAGCUGUAACUAAUUCACCCUGAGCUAUUGUUAUUUCUUCAAGAGAUCCUUGAUUUUUUUUAUUCUAGUGGAACCACAAAAGCGAGACUGAGAUAGCAAUGCCAAGUUUCUUAAUUAGAUAGAAAUUAUUGAAAAUAAUUGAAUAGCUCUUUUUUAUCUGCGUGGCUCCACUAAAACACUUGCCAGCAAUUUUCCUCGCCUAUUUUUUUUCUUUUUUUUUCGGAUUCAAACAUUUCUAUUCAAACUAUCGACUUCCCAGUUACGGAUAAGAGAUUUUAGAUUUAGAUGGUCACUUGAACUUUCGUUAUUGAUGAAAAUGUUAAGAGAAACAUUGUAUGCAAGUCCACUAACUUUUUAUCUGUUAUUUGUCAAGCGUGUGAAUUUAUUGAAAAAAAUCAACCAUUAAUUUUGAAUUUGCAAUGACCUCUAAAUCCAAAAUUAUCUCUUAACUAAUUAUUUUUGGUAGUGUAAAUAAGUUAACGAUCGCCAAACGAUCCCUUUUCCAAAGUACAACGAAUAAUUAGUCUUUUUAUUCUAGUAAAAUCACUAGACGUAACUUUUUAAUACGAAAAGAAUUCUUUUGAUGAUGAGUAAAGUUGAAAAUUGAAGGGUUUGACGUGCCUAAUUGAAUAAUCAAAAUUCUAUUCGGUUUUUACAUUCAGUCGUACGAAGUAAUUGCUCAUGUUGUCACGUUAAAGCCGACAAUACUAACGAUUAAAGUUACAUUUAGGCCUUUAGAUAGAUUCAUCAAUAAUUAGACGUUGCUGAUACUCGUUACAUAUCCUCAUUAAAAAAUACCGAGGAUGAAUGAAAUUUUAUAGGUGAUAUUCUUUUCUUCGUUGUGAAUUAGUUGUCGCACAAAUUGUUGAAGUAACAAACAGUAAUUAUAGCUGAGUUGAGACUUUUUCACGAUAUUUCUAGGAUUUAAAAUAAUCCAGUGCUUUAUUGAAAUAUAAAAAAAAAUAUUGGAGUCACAGAUAUUUUUCAGUUACUUUCUGUGGAUAUACACGAGUGUAAUCAUGAAUACUUCAUCCAAUUAUUGCACAAUGUUAAUUGGAAAUGAAUCAGUGUCCGACCAACAACCCGAUCAACGAUUAGUCAGUGAUUUCUCGGUGAAGAUAAUGAUUUUUAAGUGCAUUAUUCUCGUAUUAAACUGUACAAUAUCCCAGGACUUGUAUAGAAAAUAUCUUUUAUUUUGAAUAAAUUAAUAUAUUGAAUAUAAUGUAAUGUAAGUUUGUAGUUGGAGGAGAAAGAAAGUUAAUCAGUUGUUUUGAUGAAUAAAAUUGUUUAUAGGAAAAGAUCA